UUCAGCGAUGACAAGGUAUUGGCUCCAAAAGCCAACUUCUCGGUUACUCUAUAGCCAGGUGGUCUGGGUCGGCUCCAGCGGUUUCCCGCCACCUCCGCACGCCCAGCAAGAGGGCUGCGGCCCGGCGCGUGCGCACUGUGCGCGCGAGCUCGUCGCGCCUGCGCACGGCGCCGCCACCGCUCCUCCUUCCAUCGGGCGCUACACCGCGCGGGGCUAAACGGCCUUCCGGGACGCCGCCCGCCGCGAGGAGUUUGCUGUGCCCCAGCGCCGCGAGCUCCGGUGACUCGCCCUCGCUCUACCCAGAAACCUUCCGCCUGAGCCCGCGCGGGAGGAGCGGGGCCUCUGAGGGGAGCGGCUACCCCGCCGGCCCCGGUCUCUUUCCCUGGCGGCGGCGGCUUCUUCUGUAGGACAAUAUGUUCAAGAGAAUGGCCGAAUUUGGGCCUGACUCCGGCGGGAGAGUGAAGGGGGUUACUAUCGUUAAACCAAUAGUUUAUGGUAAUGUUGCUCGAUAUUUCGGGAAGAAGAGAGAAGAGGAUGGGCACACCCAUCAGUGGACAGUGUAUGUCAAACCGUAUAGAAAUGAGGAUAUGUCAGCAUAUGUGAAGAAAAUCCAAUUUAAAUUACAUGAAAGCUAUGGCAAUCCUUUAAGAGUUGUUACUAAGCCUCCAUAUGAAAUUACUGAAACAGGAUGGGGUGAAUUUGAAAUAAUCAUCAAAAUAUUUUUCAUUGAUCCUAAUGAAAGACCUGUGACCCUCUAUCAUUUAUUAAAGCUGUUUCAGUCAGACACCAAUGCAAUGCUGGGAAAAAAGACAGUGGUUUCAGAGUUCUAUGAUGAAAUGAUAUUUCAAGACCCAACAGCAAUGAUGCAACAAUUAUUAACAACAUCUCGCCAGCUAACGUUAGGAGCCUAUAAGCAUGAAACAGAAUUGCAUGCUCAACAGACUGCUGCAAUGACUCCUGGGAGCACGUGCCCAUGUCCUGAUGGCCGUCUGUGGUUCCCAGGCUGUAGCCUUUGGAGUGUCUAAAUGCAGUCUAUAGUCAAGUUGUGAGUCAAGGUGUAACUGAACCUAAGAUCUCCCCUGUUGGGCAGAGUCAGAAAGGCUUUCAUGGCAAACUGAAAAUAAAUUUGUAAGUUAAAAAAUUAGUUUACACACAUCCUCCAUUUCAACCAGUAGAACCUUCAUGCUAUUCCUCAAAUGUACUACCCUGCACUCUCCUGCUAUUACACCUUCCAUCUUCUUCCUUUGUUAAAAUAUUUCCUUUCUUCCAGGCCCAAAUUUCCCUCUCCCUCCUCCCAACUAAGCUCACUUCCUCUGACCCAUCAUAGUAUCUUGUUUGCCUCUCUUUUGUGUUGUUAUUCAUCCUGCGGUGAAAGUAUGAUAUACUUCUAUUACCAUCCUUCACACUUUUUUUCACUCUUGGCAAAAGAGGGCGAGUUGGCUUUGUUUAUCCUGAUAAUUGUAUAUAAAGCGCUUGACAUGCCUAGCAUACAGGAAGUGCUCAAUAAACCAUCACUGGCCUUUUAGUGUUCUCUGUCACUUAACUUUUAGGACCUGCCCGGGGUCUAUUCCACACUAGGGCACAAUUCUAGUUGCAGAUCUUGGCUUUUUCUUCAUCUACUCUAGCCUGUCCCAGUGCUAGGCACAGAGUCUUGUCCAGCUGUGUCCCAAGAUAUCACAAGCACAAAUAAGCCAAAGGUGAAAACUGACUUUGGCCUGAAAUGUACCAUUCAUGUGGGUCUACUUAUGCCGAGGUUGUUUCUGUACUUAAGACUUUGGAAAAUUAGACAAAAUUUAUAGUGUGUUUUUAUUGAGUUUGAUGACCAGAACUAAGCUAUUUUUAUCUCUCGAAGAGCAAUCUAAAGUGUCAGGACUGCCCUGUCCAGUCUUCUAUAGUAGAGGUCUGCAAACAUUAUCCCAAAGGGCCAGACAGUAUUUUAGGCCUUGUGGGGCUAUACAUUCUCUGUCACUGCUGCUCAGUUCUGCUAUUGUAACAUGAAAUCGGCCGUCCCUAAACAAAUGAGCACUGUGUUCCAACGAAAAUGCAUUUAAUGACACGGAGAUUUGAAUUUCGUAAAAUUUCCACAUCAUACAAUAUUUUCCUUUGUUUGAUUUUUUUUUCCAAGCACUGAGAACAUUAACAAACAAACAAACAAAACCAUCCUUAGUUCCCAGGCCAUGGGAAAACAGGCUGAGGGCCACAUACAGCCCCAGAGCCACAGUCUGCUUAUUCUUGGGUUUCCAAGACUAGGAAUGUACAAGAAUCGCCAACCCCAAGAGGGAGCUCUAGGAUUUGCUCUGUGAAUUCAAAGUAAAAACCCGAGUUUGGGCCUUUGUCAAUGUUCUGAGCCCACUUAGGUUAGCCCAAGUUACCCGAUACAAAAGAGAUUUGCAAA